AACCAAGGCGGGAUCGAAGCAUCACGACAUCAACAAGCGCCAAGUUGCUCAUUGCAUUGGCCUCCGGCGUGCGUGUGGUACCUUCCAUUUGUCGAGUAGAUAGUCUCACUGCCCAGCUCUGAGUGAUACUCUCGACUUCUUGGGACACCAUAUAUCACCAAGCAAUAUUCGACUUACACCCCAAUAUUCACACGCCUAUUUCAAUCUCCCCUGCCCCUCGUCAAGAUGGCUUCUAAGAUCGAUACCGAAAAGACUGCACAGCCCAGUCAUUUGACCGUGCACACAAUGGAGCUCUCCUCUCAAGAUGGGGCUGCUCUUUCGCCCAGCACCACCUGUAACAGCACCGACAAGACUCUGAAAGAUAUAAGCGUAGAGCUCACCAGGCCGACGGAUAUCUCGACGCCUAGCUCGCUCCACAGAUUGAAUCCGUUCGAUACAGAUAUUGAGACAGGUCAAUCAUCAGAAAGCCUAAACCGCAAGUCUACGCAAUUCACCGGGAGAACACUCAACAACCCCAAUUGCUCGGUCUGGCCAGGACAGGAUCACUGGAAGCAGAAGGCGAAAUUAGCCAAGAGGAAGAACCGAUCCUGUCAGUGUAUGGCCAAGUUGAGCAAGCGGAACAGACUCAUUGCUAAGAUUCUGAUUGCUUUCCUCGUCAUUGGCAUUGCCGUUGGAGUUGGUGUCGGGAUUAGCAAACCCCUUGGAGCCGGUAUAUGGAAGGCCCAUGAGUCGUAGAAAGGCCGAGGAACACCACAUUCGACCUUGAGUAUCGAAGCAUUUGCGGGACGAGAUUUGCCGCAGUCCUUAUCACACUUGAUGAUGGUUAAACAAGCCAGGAAGAAAGCCGGGAAGCAAU